AUGAUGGUGCGCCCGACCGACGAGCAGCUGCUCGACUUCGGCGAGCCCGACUUCAUCAUCUACAACGCCGGCCAGUUCCCUGCCAACCGAUACACAGAGGGAGUGGCAUCGUCCACCAGCGUGUGCUUGAGCUUGGCCCGGCGCGAGAUGGUCAUCCUCGGCACUGAGUACGCCGGCGAGAUGAAGAAGGGCAUCUUCACCUUCAUGCACUACGUCAUGCCCAAGCAGGGCGUGCUUUCGCUCCACAGCAGCGCCAACGCGGGUCCCGAGGGCGACGUCUCGCUCUUCUUCGGCCUCAGCGGCACCGGCAAGACCACCCUGUCGGCCGACCCCAAGCGCGGCCUCGUGGGCGACGACAUGCACUGCUGGUACAACCAGGGCGUGUUCAACAUGGAGGGCGGUUGCUACGCCAAGGCGAUCGAUCUCGACCCCAAGCAGGAGCCCGAGAUCUUCAACGCCAUCCGCUUCGGCGCCGUGCUCGAGAACGUUGUCUACGACGAGCACUCGCGCGUGGUCGACUACCACGACAUCAGCAUCACCGAGAACACGCGCACGGCCUACCCGAUCGAAUUCAUCCCCAACGCCAUCAUCCCGUGCGUGGCCGGCCAACCCAAGAACGUCAUCCUCCUCACGUGCGACGCCUUCGGCGUCCUCCCGCCCGUCUCCAAGCUCACACCCGAGCAGACCGCUUACCACUUCAUCACCGGCUACACUGCCAAGGUGGCCGGUACUGAGGUGGGAAUCACGGAGCCCGUGUGCACGUUCUCGCCGGCCUUCUCGGCCCCGUUCCUCGUGUUCCACCCCAACGUCUACGCCGACAUGCUCAUCGAGAAGGUCAAGACCCACAAGGUCGACUGCUGGCUGGUCAACACCGGCUGGUCGGGCGGCGGCUACGGCGUCGGCGCCCGGAUGAAGCUGGCCUGGACCCGGGCCAUCAUCGACGCCAUCCACAACGGCGAGCUGGCCAAGUGCGAGUACGAGAACUUUGGGGUCUUCAACGUCAGCAUUCCCAAGGCGGUGACCGGCGUGCCCGCCGAGAUUCUCAACCCCGUCAACUCGUGGAAGGACAAGGCCGCCUACAAGGCCACCCUCGAGAAGCUGGCCCAGAAGUUCAUCAACAACUUCGCGGCCUACGCCGACGGCUGCACGCCCGGCACCAUCGCCGCCGGCCCCAAGCUCCCCUCUGCCUAA